CUGGUUGUGACAGCCAUUCCGAAAAUAUUAUAUCCUUCCAACCUCCUCAAACGCAAAGUUUGCUUCCAACGCUCUUGUUUUGAAUUAUUUAAGACGGUCGUUAUACCCAAUCUCUGUGGUGCAAAGUUCAGAGUGUGCAAUCGUUAUACAAGUACUUGACGGAGUACAGUCCUAAAACAUAUCGUUACACAUUGCAAUAAUGAAGGCGGCUUUCGCUUUAUUGGCUUUGGCCACUUCGACUUUCGCUCAAGGGAUUCAAGAAAGAUGGUACUCAAGUCCUCCUGAAUAUUCAAGCCCUCCUGGGUAUCCCGUGGAGACUGAUACUACUACUUGGACUACAUAUACUUCAACUACAAUCUGUCCGGUAUGUUAUGGUUCAUUUAUGAUGCUUCGUAUGACUGAAGUUGGAAGCUGCUUGGAUAAUCAUGAGAUUCUUAUUGUUUAAUCUCAUUCGAGGUAUGAGAUGAAGUCACCCAUACUUGGCAUACUAUGGAUGAGGAUUAAUUGAUUAGACAAACGAGAGGUUCCAAUGCUCGGGGUUCUUACUCACACUUAAGUUGAACUACAUUCGUGCAACUAGAUAGAAUCCUCACUAUCCUAGCAGGGUUUGAACAUUUAUGAGGAUUAAUAUUAUACUGUUUACAUAUUUUCACGUUCAUAAGGCAAGAUCUAAUUUAUUUUUCAUAGGUCACCUCCACAACAACCGAAAAAGGAACAACAAAAUGGGUCACCAGUAUCGCAACAUCAACUGUAGUGAUCACUAGCUGUGUUGGAGGUUGCGGAGGAGUUGUUACUGUCCCAGGUCCAACUGGUUGGGCAACAACAACUACUGAUGUACGAUGAUCCCGUGAAAAUGUCUUUGGAAUCGAAAUUGACUCAUUCGCUAGGUUGUGGUCACAUAUACUACCACCUGCCCUGUGACAGAGACUGUCACAGCUCCUGGAAUAACAUAUACUAAGACAUACGCUACAACUUCUGUCGUCGAAACUGGUGGGUCCUGGAGAAACCAACUUGAUGUUGAAAAGUUACUGACACGCGAGACUAGUUGUACCCACAAUUAUCGUCAAUACGGUUACUGCACCACCUCAAACCACUGCUGUUGAAACUGCUGUUGUAGAGACAAUUACCAGUUUAUGUCCUAUCACCGAAACCACAACUAUUUCUGGAAAAGAAGUGACAGUCACUUAUACGACCACGUCUUUUUACACAACCCACGUUCCAACAUAUGUUGAAGCCACAACAAUUGCCCCUGGCAAAACCGAGACGUAUGAGACCUCUCUCAGUUCUUGAGGCUUGUUUUUGAAGCUAAUAUUUUUGCAGUGCUGUAACCGAAGUCGUCUCCACAGUCACAAGUCUCUGUCCAGUAACAGAAACAAAAACGAUCUUGGGAGUUGUUACAACUAUCACUUAUACAACUACUUCAUUAUAUACAACUAAUGUCCCGACAUAUGUUGAAGUUACAAAAACUGCUCCUGGUAAAACCGAAACGUACGAAUGCCUCUUCACUCCUUUUCUAUUUGGAAACUAAUAUUCUGUUUAGUGCUGUCACUGGAGUCGUUUCUACAAUCACAAGCCUUUGCCCAGUAACAGAAACAAAGACUAUCGCGGGAAAUCUGGUAACUGUCACUUAUACAACUACUUCACUCAUCGUCACAAAUGUGGGAACUACAGUGGAGGUACAAACUACUCUUCCGGCGAAGACCAAGACGUGAGAUCCCUAUCCCUGCCCUGGAAUCUAUAUAUUGGGCAUGAAAAAUUAACCAUGGGUGUAGUGUUGAGACUGGAGUUCUUCAAACAAUCACAAGCCUUUGUCCAGUAACUGAAAUCCAAACAAUUUCUGGAGUCGAAUAUACUGUCACAAAGACUACAACUAGCCUCAUCGUCACUAAUGUUUAUCCUACUGAGUACUCAAAAACUACUCUACCAGCAAAGACUAAGACGUGAGAACCCUUAUUCCCCGAAUCUAUGUAUUUCGAAUUCGAAACUAAUCAUCAAUUAGUGUUGAAACUGGAGUUCUUCAAACUAUCACAAGCCUGUGUCCAGUUACUGAAAUUCAAACUAUCUCUGGAAUCGAAUAUACUGUUACAAAAACGACAACUAGUCUUAUUGUCACUAAUGUAUAUCCUACCGAGUAUUCCAAAACCACUUUACCAGCGCAAACUAAAACGUGAGAAUUUCUCUUUCGGUAUAUAAAUAUAUACUAAUCAUUAAUAUAGUGUUGAAACCGGAGUCGCUCAAACGAUCACAAGUGUUUUCCCAGUUACUGAAGUUCAAACAAUCUCUGGUAUCCAAUAUACUAUCACGAAAACAAAGACUAGUAUCAUCGUAACUAAUGCAUAUGUUACUGAUUAUUCGAAAACUACUUUGCCAGGAGAAACCAAGACGUGAGUUUUGGAUUCUUGUUGCAUACCUUUGAGAUGUAGAUGCUGACUAGAUAUAAAGAAUCGAAACGUAUGUCUACCAGACUUCUACUAGCUUAUGCCCAGUUACCGAAGUUCAAACAGUUUGUAUGAAACCACAUUUCUAUUCCAUAAAUUUUACAUCCUGACAGACAAAUUUUAGCCGGUGUUCCAAUCACAAAAGUAUAUACCAGCACAAUCGUCACCCAGGGCCAGGUUCCUACAACUAUUUUCCAAUAGUAAGUUCAUCAUGCAUUACAAAUAGAGCCCGGGCUAACAAAUUCAGCACUACUACUCAAGCUACUGAAUAUAAGACUACUGAUGUCUAUGAAACUGAGUCUUGUGUCGAAAGUGUAUAUACUACCAUCAGUGCUGGAUCAACGUAAGUUUUAUGCUUUUCCCCUUGAAGGAGAAUCUCCAAGGGCUAACCAAUCCCUGAUAUAGCAUCGUCCUAACAGCCACAAAAACAAACAUCAUCAAAGUAACUGCCAUAAAAACCCUAACUUCUACUCUCCCCGCUGCAACCGGCGAAACUACCGUUUACGUAGGUUUUCUUCUCCAUAUCACCGUCCCCUAUCCUCCCCCUAAUCCGCGCUAACACUCUCCCAGAUCCCAACAACCUCAUCCAACAUAAUCGAAACAAUCGCCAUCGUCACCAUCCCCUCAGUAGUCAAAACCGUCACAAUCCCAACAACCUACUGGGCAAACAUAACUCACAUCAAAACAUCCACCUAUAUUCAACCUAGUACCCUCACUGUCCCAGCUCAAAUCACUAGUUAUUACGUUCAACCUACUACGUAUACGAAUGUGCAGACUGAGACUGCGGCGAGUAGUGUCCAAGCGACAAGUGUGGCGCCUAGUGCGCCGGUUGAGGCGAAUGUGGCGGGGGGCAAGCUAAAGGCACCGGGUUUAUAUUUGUCGGUGAUGAUGGGGAUUUUGGUGGGGAUUGUGGGGUUGUGGUAGAUGGGUUUGAGAUGGAUGGAUAUGGAUAUGGAGGGAAAGAAGUAAAAGGGAAAAGAGCAUAUGCUUCCAUGAUUCGACGUAUAGCGGAAACCUUGGCUUGGGCUAGUUAAUGGUAUGGAUUUUUGCAACUGGAUAUGGAAUUGGAUUUUGGAUGGGUUAGCAGAUAAUGCUUGAGGGAAAACAAAACUUUCCUUAUCUAAUGGAUGGAUGAGUUUUUUUGUUUUGGAUACGGCAGGGGUUUUAUGAAAGGAUGAUUGGGUGAUGAGGGAUGGAUGAUAUGGAUGAUGAUUUUGAUGAUAUGGAUGAUGAUGUGGGAUGAUACGGAUGAUGGGAUGAGAAGAUGAAUGAUUGGGAUUUAAGGGGAUCAUUUACUAAUUUUAUUUUGUAGAUAUUUUUCGAUUCUAUUUCAAUUUGUUGGAUUGAAUAUUUUAAAUUUUUUCUGAAAAUACUAUUGUUUGGACGGGUGAAUGGGUGAAUGGGUGAAUGAUUAUAAUGUAAGAAUACCUGUGAAUAAAU